AUGGGGAGAGAAAUAUGUGCUAGAAUUGGUGGUGGAUUCUGCAACAAAAUAAGCAAGCCAUGGAAAAUAAUGGGAAAAUGCAUAGAUGAAGCAGUUGCAAAGAGCAUCAUUGGGAGGUAUUUCAAGUUAGAGGAAAGAAAGAGCUGUUUCAGCAGAGAGUUGCGCGCCGGCACAGCCACAUUUCUCACCAUGGCAUAUAUUAUAACUGUCAACGCCACCAUCCUCUCCGACUCCGGUGGGACAUGUUCGUUUUCAGACUGUACCGUGCCUGUGAAUCAAACUGCUAGUCCAGAUUGCAUGCUAAAACCUAAUGAGGGUUACCAUAACUGUCUUUCCAGGAUCAAGAAUGACCUUAUAGUUGCUACUGCCUUGUCAUCUAUGAUUGGCUCAUUUGCCAUGGGAUUAUUUGCUAACCUUCCAUUGGGCCUAGCACCAGGUAUGGGUCCAAAUGCUUACUUGGCUUACAACUUGGUGGGCUUCCAUGGGUCUGGGUCCAUUUCAUACAAGACUGCUAUGGCUGUAGUCUUAGUUGAAGGCUGUGCAUUUCUAGCCAUUGCUGUUUUUGGGCUUCGUGCAAAGUUGGCUCGGUUCAUCCCACAGCCGGUCCGUCUGGCUUGUGCUGCAGGCAUUGGGCUUUUCAUUGCAUUUGUUGGCCUACAGGCCCACCAGGGCGUGGGCCUGAUCGGACCUGACCCGUCAACAUUGCUAACGAUCACUGCUUGCAAGAGCACAGAUCCAGCAACUGGGGAGUGCACUGGAGGGAAAAUGCAAAGCCCAACUUUCUGGCUUGGCUCAUUGGGAUUCUUAAUCAUGUCUUAUGGAUUAAUGAAGAAUAUUAAAGGUAGCAUGAUAUAUGGCAUAGUUACUGUUACAUUAAUUUCAUGGAUUAGAGGCACUAAUGUGACAGUUUUUCCUAAUAACCCACUUGGAGAAUCAACUUAUAUGUACUUCAAAAAAGUGAUUGAUUUCCAUAAAAUUAAGUCCACUGCAGGGAUAAUUAGCUUCACUAACUUCAACAGGAGUGAAGUUUGGGUGGCUCUAGUGACAUUGUUAUAUGUAGACGUGCUAGCCACCACUGGUACAUUGUACACCAUGGCAGAAAUUGGAGGCUUCGUAAAUGAUAAAGGAGGUUUUGAAGGGGAAUACAUGGCAUACAUGGUAGAUGCUGGCUCAACAAUUGUGGGGUCGGCUCUAGGAGUUUCCCCGAUCGCCACCUACAUCGAAUCAUCAGCCGGGAUCCGAGAAGGCGGUCGAACUGGAUUAACAGCCGUGAUCAUUGGAAUAUAUUUCGGGUUAUCAUUGUUUUUCACUCCUUUGCUCACUAGUGUACCUCCAUGGGCAAUAGGUCCAUCUCUAGUAAUGGUUGGAGUGCUGAUGAUGAAAGUAGUUAAAGAUAUAGAUUGGAAUAAUAUUAAGGAAGCAGUGCCAGCAUUUUUCACCAUGAUUCUAAUGCCUCUAACUUAUUCCAUCUCAAAUGGAAUUAUUGGAGGGAUUGGCAUAUACAUUGCUCUUGGGUUAUAUGACCAUGUUGUGGGGUGGAUCAAGUGGGCUACGAAAAUGAGAAAAAUGAUGGCGCAGGAGCAAAAUCAAGUAUCAGCAGAUCAUAAUCUUGAAGUCGUCUGA